AUGACGAUUUCUUUUUUUCUUUUUUCGGGUAUUGUAGUGGUUCCCAAUAUUCCACCUGAUGCUAGAUGGGCACAGAAUGGUGUAACCGUUGCUGGAGGUAAUGGAUGGAGCGACGCCGUCAAUCAGCUCAAGCAUCCUCAUGGUCUUUUUGUUGAUGAUGAUCAAGCAAUAAUCAUCGCUGACUUGAGCAAUCAUCGUAUCGUUCAAUGGGAAAUGGGCGAAAGGUAUGGACAAGUAGUAGCUGGUGGUCAUGGCUCAGGAAAUCGAUUGCACCAAUUGAAUGGUCCAACCGAUGUAUUGAUCGACAAAGAGACGAAUAAUCUCAUUUGCUGUGAUCGAGAUAAUCAACGAGUCGUCCAAUGGUCCCGUCGCAGCGGUACUAAUCAAGGAGAAAUCCUCCUGAGUAACAUCCAUUGUUAUGGUUUGGCCAUGGAUAAUCAGAGAUAUCUCUAUAUCUCUGAUGAAAAGAAACAUGAAGUAAGACGAUACCGAAUUGGCGACAAGAACGGAACUGUCGUGGCCGGUGGCUGUGGCAAUGGUAAUGGCCUCAAUCAACUCAAUGAACCAACCUAUCUCUUUGUCGAUCGACAGCAGGCUGUCUAUGUAUCGGACAACGAAAAUCAUCGCGUAAUGAAAUGGAAUAAAGAUGCAAAGGAAGGAAUUAUUGUCGCUGGGAGUCACAGCAAGGGAGAUGCUCUAACACAAUUGUCGUAUCCCAACGGACUGUUCAUCGAUAAGUUCGAUACCAUCUAUGUGGCAGACUCAGGAAAUAAUCGGGUAAUGCGUUGGCCUAAAGGAGCAAAACAUGGCACUAUCAUCGUGGGCGGAAAUGGUUCAGGAGCAGGAGCAAAUCAGCUCAGCAGCCCCAGAAGUUUGUUCUUUGAUCGGCACGGUCAUCUCUAUGUCGUCGAUCGUCUGAAUCAUCGAGUGCAACGCUUUUCUAUUGAAUAG